GAGGGCAUGUACACACACACACACACACACAGAGACACAAACAAGAUGCAAUGACGAUUCUGACCUUUCACAAAAAGCGGUAGCUGGAAUCCUCGCCGUUCGGAAACCAUCCCUGUGGAAGUAGAAAACCAGCUCCAGUCGCCAGCCCAGCAGAAGGGGGGUUGCAGAAUCUGGAACAGGACUGGACAUAAAUCGUGACGGUGCUUGUUUUGUGAGGUAGGGGGCAUGGAGUGGGAGGCAGACCAGAAAGAAUUGAAAGAAGCCGGAGCGGAGUUGCUGCCGGACGGGCGGGUUGGACUUCGGAUACAUGGAUGGGAGAUCGAGUCUUCCAAAGCUUCCAUCCUCAAAUCCCUCCAGCGCCAAGAGUGGGAAGAAAAGCUAGGGACAUGCCACUUGCCUGAGAUGAUUUUCGGACAUAGCUCCUUGGUUCUUAAACAUUUGGAAAGUGGAUUGAGAAUCCAUUUUAAUGCAUUUGAUGCUCUAUUAGGCUGGAAGCAGGAAGCUUUGCCUCCUGUUGAAGUUCCAGCGGCUGCAAAAUGGAAAUUCAGAAGCAAACCUUCUCAGCAAGUAAUUCUAGAUUAUGAUUACACCUUCACAACACCAUAUUCUGGUAGUGAAACUAUUGAAACGAAUUCUGAGCAAAGAGGAGCGUCAGAGGGAAGCAAUGGCAAUCUAUGUUGGGAAGACUGUGAGGAGCAACUUGAUUUGGUUGCAUUGGCAUCCAAAGAGCCAAUUCUAUUCUAUGAUGAAGUCAUUUUAUAUGAAGAUGAAUUAGCUGAUAAUGGAGUGUCGCUUUUGACAGUAAAAGUGAGAGUCAUGCCUAGUAGUUGGUUUCUUCUCUUACGUUUCUGGCUCAGAGUUGAUGGAGUGCUUAUGAGAUUGAGGGACACUCGGAUACAUUGCAUGUUUGGGGAGAGUAUGAAACCAAAUGUUCUUCGAGAAAGCUGCUGGAGAGAGGCUACAUUUAAUUCCCUGUCCUCUGGAGCUAAUUCAUCUGUUCAACUUCCUGAAAUUUCUAUUGUUGACAUCUUGAAGCUACUUGUUAGACUGUCUUUCCUCUUUUUCCUUGUCCCCUCUUCAUGCUCUUUUCUCUUUUGCUCUGGCAAACUAGGAGUUCUUUUUGUCAGUCAACGUGAUGAUUUUAUCAAUAACUGGUUCGGUAAAUUGAUUAUGAAGGUUAAAAGAGUAGCGUAUCUGUAUAAGAAAGGAAAGCCCUCCAAGAUAUUCGUUUUAAGUACACAUUUGAAGCUGUCCAUUUUCUAUAUUCAUUCUGAUAUGUGAACUACGGUUUCAGAACCCAAAUGGUCUUGCCCACGCUCAAUAUCUGCUGAAUUUAUUUGUUUAUUCUGUCACUACCUAUUUUAAUCCUUGAAUGGAAAGCUUAAGAGAUUUGCUUCUGAUGAUUCUCUUCCUUGGUGCUGUUUUUCUCGCUAAGCUGGUUGGUUUGAUUAAUUG